AAAGGGAGAUUAUUAAUGUGUAAGUUUCUCACAUGGAGUAGAGUUAAGCAUAUUAUGUCAUCUUUCUCUUGGGGUUGAGUUGUUUCCCACUCUCUCUCUCCCAAUCUCUCUCUCUCUCUCCCAUCUCUCUCUUAACCUCAUCUUAGGCAACCAACCUGUCUCUUGUUGCCUUCAUACUUGUCUUGUUGGAACCUCUGCAACACCACCUCUCUCUCUCUCUCUCCCUCUCUCUCUCUCUAAACUCCAUGUAACCAUAUCACCAUAACUCUUAACCCUCCAUCCUCUCUCAUCUGUUUCCCAGGGUGUGAUUCAAGACUUCAUUAACUUUAUCAAGUAUCCUUAACAACAACAACAAGGAAUGCAGACUUCAUCUCCUUACAACAACAACAACAACCACUUGAUCAGAGAAUCAUCAUCCGAAACUGUGGAUCAUGGGUUGGAUCCAGAUCGGUUUCCGGGUACCGGAGCUUCAGUCACACCGAUCUCCGUAGGAUCUAAGUUGUUGAAAUCAACGGUCCAGGUUCCAAGAUAUCGAGAAUGCCUCAAAAACCAUGCUGCUAACAUGGGUGGAAACAUAACUGAUGGAUGUGGAGAGUUUAUGCCGUCAGGUGACGACGGAACCCUAGAAGCACUAAAAUGCGCCGCUUGCAACUGCCACCGUAAUUUCCACCGUAUAGAGUACCCUACCACCAGCCCCUCCACCGGACCUUUCCUCCAACUCCCCCCACCGCUACCCUCCCCAUCUCCAUCCCCAUCAUUCCACCACCAUCAUCACCACCGUACCCCACCCGCCCUUUCGCACCACCACCCCCACCACCCGCACCCCAACUGGGCUUCGUCCAUCAACGCCCCACCCGUCAAAAUGGCGUUUGGAGGAAGCCUUGGGGGUGGCACUGGAGGAGCUGAGUCCUCAAGUGAGGAACUGAAUUUUAAUACCGGAGCGCAUAUUAAUGCGCCCCAGUAUGGGGUGACGAAGAAAAGAUUUAGAACAAAAUUUACACAAGAUCAGAAGGAUAAAAUGCUGGAGUUUGCUGAGAAAGUAGGGUGGAGAAUCCCUAGAGAAGAUGAUCCUGAAGUUCAAAGAUUUUGUGCAGAUGUUGGAGUUAAAAGAAAAGUCCUCAAGGUUUGGAUGCAUAAUAAUAAAGCCACUUCUGGGAAAAAGCAAGCUCAAGAUUCCAAUGACAACAUUAAUUGAUUGUAUGGUACAACCCAAUUAUGCAUUAAUGUGGUUAGAAUGUUGUAGUGAUUGUAUAUCAAGUGCUAGAUAGAGAUGCAUCCUAUUCUAUUGUAGAAUGCAUCUUCUUGGGAGUUCUAUUUUCAUAUAUUUUUAUUUUAUUUUGGUUGGGUUGAAUUUAAGGAUUUUUAUAUCAAUGUUGUUUUAGUUUA